AGUUGUUGACAAGCAUCUGGCCAUCCUGGCACCGAAACAUCUGGAGGCCAAGUUUGUAAAGAUCGACGCAGAGAAAUGCCCAUUCUUUGUCUCCAGAUUAAAUAUCAAAGUUUUGCCAUGCAUGAUUCUAUUCAGGGAUGCCGUUGCUUUUCAUAGAAUUGUUGGUUUUGAGGCAUUCCGGAAUCGCGAUGACUUCUCAACAUCUGAACUGGAGAACUUCUUGAUUAAGCAAG